GAGAACGGGACAGUGGAGUUCACUCAGUUCAGCCAGUCGUCAGCUGGUAGCCGAUCUACGUGGAUCUAUCGCGUAGUACUAUAUAACUAUUAGAAUAGUGAUUGUGCGUUGCUUGGUACAUACACAUAUACACACACACACAGACACACACACACACACACACACACACAUAUAUAUAUAUAAAUAUAUAAACAAAGAAAAAAGGGAAAAAUAGAAAAGCAGAAGAAAAAAGUAGAAGAGGAAUAAACGUACGAGAAAAGAAACAAAGAUUAUUUUGUGGAUUCAUAAAAAAUAAUAAGAAAAAAAUCUAUCAUGGAUCGGACGACGCGGUAAAUCAAUCAAAUAUAUACAUACGUAUAUAUAUAUAUAUAUACAUAUUGCAUAAUAUAUAAUAUUAUGAGUAUUAUAAAGAAUUAUAGACGAACAGAAGAGAGAUAAUCGAAGUUGUGUCCCGAAGAGGAAAAUAAAACUUAUUAAUAUUAACGAACGUAACGAGAAAGAAUACGCAAAAAUAGCGUGCACGCAGGCGCAAUGAAGCACACGAUUUGAUUAUAGUCACGUUUUCUUUGGCUACUUUUAAGUAGACACUAUAUAUAUAUAUAUAUAUAUAUAUAAAUAUCCAUAUAUAUAUAUAUACAUAUACUAUAUAUAUAUAAUAGAAAGAGAUCUACACGAAAUCUACUUGUUUUCUUCUAACAGAUAAAUAUAUACAUACGUCUAUAUAUAUAUACAUAUAUAUACAAAGAGAAAGAAAGAGAAAGAGAUAGAGUGAAAGAGAGAGAGAGAGAGAGAGAGAGAGAGAGAGAGAGAGAGAAAGAGAGAAAGCAAGCAAACAAGACAGAAGGAUCGAAUAAAAAAAGGACGUUAAAUAUGUCGAUAUUUUCAAAAUUAAUCGACAAAACGUCGAACAAAUACGGUAUCCGUCAAGAACGUCUGACUCAUGGUGUAGCCGGUGUCGUCACCGUUCUUUAUUUCCUCAAAAUUGGUUAUCCCUUUCUAGUUGCGAAAGUACGACAGCGCCGCCACCGGCCAAAUACGGCGAAUGAACAAAGGAAGGACGAAGAUGAUAGAUCGAGGAACGAUUCGAAAAGACGCGGGAAAAAUAAAAACGAUGGGAGAUAUAAUCGCGAUAAGGAUCAUCGUUAUGACGAUGACGACGAUGGCGAUGACGACGAUGACGGAGGUGAUAUUAAAUCGAUCGAUAUAAAGGAAAAGAAUAAUGAUGAUAAAAUCAUGAAAAAGGAAAAGAUCGUUGGUCUCGAUCGUGCAUUUUUAAAACAAUUAAUAACAUUAUUAAGGAUAAUGGUACCAAGUUGGAGAUCGAGAGAGUCUGGCCUGUUGGCUUGCGCAACAUUGACAUUAUUAGCACGAACUUUUCUCUCCGUUUAUGUAGCCACGCUCGAAGGACAAAUAGUUAAAAGAAUCGUUUUGAAGGACAUUCGUGGUUUCAUUUAUAUGAUGGCUAGAUGGUUCGCCAUAGCAUUUCCUGCUACAUUUGUUAAUUCGGCCAUUAGAUAUUUAGAGGGUCGAUUGGCUCUUAAUUUUCGAGAACGUCUCGUCGAACAUGCCUACAAAAUGUACCUGAGUCAACAAACCUAUUAUAGAGUAGUAGCUCUGGAUACCAGAUUAGGUGGUCUCGAGCAAAGACUGACCGAUGAUUUAUCCGAAUUAGCAAGCUCCGUCGCUCAUUUAUAUUCAAGUUUAACAAAGCCAUUGUUAGAUUGUGCUUUGGUUGGAAUAGCAUUGAUUUCAUUUUCAUUGAAUAUGGGAGCUAGGACAAUACCUGGACCAUUAUUAGCAUUGGUUGUAAUCACCUUGACCGGACAAGUAUUACGUCUUGCCUCCCCUCGUUUCGGUCAACUGGUAGCAGAGGAAGCUACUCGACGUGGUCGUUUGCGAGAAGCCCAUGCACGUAUCAGUGCCCAUGCCGAGGAGAUUGCAUUCUAUGGAGGUCACCAAACCGAACACCGUUAUCUCACUACAGCUUAUAAGUCUCUCGUAACUCACUUGAGAAGAAUCUUAGCUAAGAAAUUGUGGUACGUUAUGUUGGAACAAUUUCUUAUGAAAUAUCUUUGGUCGGGAACCGGACUUGUCCUAAUCGCCUUGCCGCUUCUUUAUAAUUCUGGUAAUGAUUCGCAGAAAAAUGGAAUGAAAAUAGAUGGCGACGGUGCAGUGAGCGAGAGAACGAGAUACCUGACAACUUCCAAAAAUUUGUUAAUGUCCGGUGCGGAUGCCGUGGAAAGGCUUAUGGUGUCUUAUAAAGAAUUAGUAGCAUUGGCUGGUUAUGCGGGGCGCGUUAAUGAAAUGUUUGAGGUAUUUAAAGACGCUGCACUUUGCAAGUAUCAAAGAAACGUUGUCGUUAAUGGUGCAUCGAGAACAAACAAUGGAAAUACAUCCCAUCCGGAAAAGAUUGCCAUAGAAUUUAAGAAUGGUAAUCCUGUUAUAAAAGGAAUUGUACGAGAAAGUAACGACGGUAGUAUAAGUCUAAUAAACGUACCAAUAGUAACACCCAACUGUGAAAUCAUAGUACCAAGUUUAACGAUGACAAUACGACCGGGUGAUCAUCUUUUGAUAACAGGACCGAAUGGUUGCGGUAAAAGUUCAUUGUUCCGUAUAAUAUCAGGAUUGUGGCCUGUUUACGAUGGAACAUUGAUUAGACCAAACGAAAGUUAUACAGUUAAAGAUGGUAGACCAUCGUUAUUUUAUAUACCGCAAAAGCCUUAUAUGACUGUAGGAUGUUUAAGGGAUCAAAUAAUAUAUCCAGCCGAAUCCGAAACUGAGGAUUGUUCGGACGAGGAAUUAAUGAAAUUGUUAGAUGAGGUUGAUUUAAAAGGUUUGGUAGAAAGAGAACCGGAUGGAUUAAAUGCACUUGGUGAUUGGGAUUCGACAUUGUCGGGCGGUGAAAAACAACGUUUGGCUAUAACAAGAUUAUUUUAUCAUGCUCCCCAAUAUGCAUUGUUAGACGAAUGUACCAGUGCUGUUAGCAUCGAGGCCGAAGGUAUAAUGUAUGAGACAGCUAAGAAACGUGGUAUAACGUUGUUAACAAUAACCCAUCGAUUGUCAUCACUAUCGAAAUAUCACAAAUUAUUGUUACGAUUUGACGGCGAGGGUAGUUGGACAUUAGGGCCAUUGGAAAACAACGUUGAGAACGUCGUCAAUAUCUUAAAUCACAAUCAAACGAAGGAUAAUGACAAUCAAUUGAAUGAUAACAUCAAGACUGGCCAUUAUCAAAUGCUUCACGGCCUGAAAAAGAGGCAGGGUUGAUUCCAAGGGAGGGAAGUCCUACAAUUUCCGAUGAGCUUACCUCUGGGAAACCCUCUAAACGCCAAACGUCGAUACGCCCGGCAGCAGCCAUCUUGGGAGGGAUUGUAUGCCUCUCUUCGUUGUCGGAACUAAUGCUCUAAAGCAAUUCCGGGUCGUUGUUAGUAUCGACGAGAGACGAAUACCACCAUCAUCAUUUUGCUUGAUACAUCAAGCAUAGAUCAGCAGUUAAUAAUCAUUUAUUAAAUGAUACUAUCCUCAACCACCGUCCCACCUUAACCACUCUCAUCCCAUUAAUUUGAAUCAUAUCUCUCAAUAAUUAUCAAAAAUGAAAAAAAAAAAAAAAAAAAAAUACGAAUAAUCAAUUACAUCGUUGCAAUCCCUAAUUUUUAUUUUUUCUUUAUCGAGGCUAAAUUUUGAAUUAAAUUCUUUUUUUAAUAAAUACUUGAAGGAUUUUAUUCAUCUCUUUUCUCUCUUUUUUCUUUUUUUUUGUUUUUUUUUGUUUUUUUUUUUUUUACUACCAUUUAUCCUAAUCGUAUCUAUCAAUGAAACAUUAUUAACAAAGUAAAUGCAAAAACAAUUUUGAUCAUUGUAUAAUCCUUGAUUAUUUAUUUUUCUUCUUUCUUAUCUUCCCGUCAAAAGUCCUUUUUAAAUUCUUAUAAAUUUUCAUUUUCUUUCUCUUAUCAAUUUAUAAGAUACCUCGAAUGUUCAUUGAAAUAAAAUCACAUCGUAAAUACAAUACAACUAAUGAGAAUUCUUAUUCUUGUUUUUUUUCUUUCUUCCAUUACAUUCAUCUCAGAUUGAAACUCAUCAAACAUUCGAAACCAAAUAAUUGGAUUCAAAAAAAAAUAUAUAUAUAAACAAAUAAAUAAAUAAAUAAAUAAAAUAAAAUAAACCAAAAAAAGAAGAAACAAAUUUCGUAUCUCAAUAAUGAUCGAAGAAGUAAUGUGAGAAAAAUAAUUUUACAAAAGCUAACUUAUCACCAAAUUUAACUCUACACAUAUAAAAAAAAGACAAAAAACAAGACAAAGAGAGAGAGAGAGAGAGAGAGAGAGAGAGAAAAGAAUAUAACGACAAGCUUUAAAAAAUAAAAAAAAAAAUAAAAAAAAAUGGAUAAACAACAAAUAUGAUGCGACGUAACAAAAUUGAAAUCAUCGAAAUAAGAAAUGCAAGAAUUACAAAAAUAAAAAGAAGAAGAAGAAGUAGAAAAAAGAAAAAACAAAGGGUAAAGAGAAAAUUAUCAUUGAAAACAAAAAGUUUCGAGUUUAACUAACAUUAAAGUAAAAAUAUUAAAGGGAAUAACGUUAUGGUUAUAGUCUCAACAAUGAGAAUUAGUUGACGUUAGAGGGUUAACGUUAAGACGUAUCGCGUUACUCCUGUAUAUUUUCAAAAGAGAGACGUAGUCAAAGAGAGAGAGAGAGAGAGAGAGAGAGAGAGAGAGAGAGAGAGAGAGAGAGA